AUGGGUUACGCACAGCUCGUUAUCGGUCCAGCAGGAAGCGGAAAGUCUACUUACUGUUCAUCUUUGUUUGAACACUGUGAAACAAUCGGCCGAACAAUGCAUGUUGUUAACUUGGAUCCUGCUGCUGAAAUCUUUAACUACCCUGUUGCUAUGGAUAUCAGAGAACUUAUUUCUUUGGAAGAUGUAAUGGAGGAGCUCAAGCUUGGUCCUAAUGGUGGCCUUAUGUAUUGCAUGGAGUACCUUGAGGAUAGCUUACAUGAAUGGGUGGAUGAAGAAUUGGAGAACUACAGGGACGACGAUUACCUUAUCUUUGACUGUCCAGGCCAGAUAGAGCUGUUUACACAUGUCCCUGUGCUCAAGAACUUUGUGGAGCAUUUGAAGCAGAAGAACUUCAACGUCUGUGUUGUUUACCUGCUUGACUCUCAGUUCAUAACAGAUGUAACCAAGUUUAUCAGCGGUUGCAUGUCGUCUCUCUCUGCAAUGGUCCAGCUUGAAUUACCUCAUGUCAACAUCCUCUCAAAGAUGGAUCUCUUACAGGAUAAAAGCAACCUUGACGACUACUUGAAUCCGGAGCCUCGCACAUUGCUAGCAGAGUUAAACCAAAGGAUGGGUCCUAAAUAUGCGAAACUGAACAAAUCCUUGAUGGAAAUGGUUGGAGACUAUGGGAUGGUGAAUUUCAUACCUCUUGACUUGAGGAAAGAGCGAAGCAUUCAGUAUGUUCUGUCCCAAAUCGAUGUCUGUAUCCAGUUUGGUGAAGACGCAGAUGUCAAGAUCAAAGAUGACGAUGAAGAUGAUGGUUCUGAUUGA